AGAGGACUAGCCAAGGGCCUCGCAGGGUGAGAGGACUAGCCAAGGGCCUCGCAGGGUGAGAGGACUAGCCAAGGGCCUCGCAGGGUGAGAGGGCUAGCCAAGGGCCUCGCAGGGUGAGAGGACUAGCCAAGGGCCUCGCAGGGUGAGAGGACUAGCCAAGGGCCUCGCAGGGGUGAGAGGACUAGCCAAGGGCCUCGCAGGGUGAGAGGACUAGCCAAGGGCCUCGCAGGGUGAGAGGGCUAGCCAAGGGCCUCGCAGGGUGAGAGGACUAGCCAAGGGCCUCGCAGGGUGAGAGGACUAGCCAAGGGCCUCGCAGGGGUGAGAGGACUAGCCAAGGGCCUCGCAGGGUGCAUUGCGCCACCUUCUUGCCUCCCUGCAAGAGAUCUUUGAGAAUUCCCUCAGAUUGCCCUUGUUUCAUCCAGCACCCUCUUGCCAUCCUCUUGUCACGCUCUUUUUCCCUUCUAUCCAGUUUGCCCUUCUCUCCGUUUUCUUCCUCACAGAUACUCAUCUAUAUGCCUCAAAAACCUGAGGUGUAUGUCUAUUCCUGACUAUCUUUUUGUCGUUGGUGCGGUUUCUUCGUCGCUGCAUGUGUCUAUCUACCUGGAUAUUAUUACUACCAAUGUCAUAUUCAUACGCCUGUAUAUUGUGUGUGUGCGUGUUUUCGCAUGUGUGCACGGGCAUGCCUGUGCAUGUGGGUUUCUGUGACUGGGCUCGCUCCAUCAUCCUUCAUCUGCUUCGUCUGCAACAACCACCAGUGCGAUUUGCAAGGGGGCUUUGAGCUGGCGCAUGCAACAGUGGAGGGGAUAAUUGCCACUCCGCAGACGCUAGCUGCAGCAGCCAGGGACGGGCCGGCCAUCCAGGACACACCCACCUACCAGCGCCUUGCUGCACUGCGCCUGCUUCCAGCGCAAUCGUCAGAAGCCAUCUCGCGCAUGGGGCAGGCAGCACAGCAUGGGAGCAUGAGCCCGGCUGCUGCAGCGCUGCAGAUGAGCGAGCUGAGCCACAGGGGGGAGAUGGGCGUGGGGGUGGGCAGGGAGUGAGUGAGGGAGUGAGUGAGUGAGGGAGGGAGUGAGUGAAUGAGUGGGAAAGCUAGUCUGUUCUGUAGUUGACAGAAAAGUCGCAGAUGAGUGAAUGGGCCACCGGGGGAAGAUGGCAAUGGGUGGGGGGAGGGGGACAGGCAUGGGCAUGGGCAUGCAUGCACAUGGGCAUGGGCAUGGGCACGGUGGAGUGAUUGAUGGGGUGAGCGGGUAAGAGCCUGGUCAAAUGCAGUGGUGUUCAUUUCAACUGGUGAAGUGAGGAGCUCCUCCUGUCCAAGCGCAACACCAAGUGACUGUUGAGUCGACUCAAAAGUCACCUCGUAAGAGCCUGGUCAAAGGCAGUGGUGUUCGUUUCAACUGGUCAAGUGAAGGGCUCCUCUCCAAGCGCAACACAAACAUAUCCACUUCGUUACAGUUCUUGUAACCGUACUUGGUUUGCUAUGUACAUCUGUUCACUUUCGGUUGGAUACAUCUACAUUACAGGGGGUGAAAAUAAGUGGAUGACGAGAUGUCAUUAGGUCCUCUCCAAUCAAAUCCUUUCGUGUGCACUGAGGGGGGCAGGGAGGAGUGCUUUGAAGCAGCCUUGAUUUCAGUACAGUCGAAGUCAGGUUCUCCUUUCUUUGCCGGGUUGUGGUUGUCAGAAACUAGCUUAGCUAGGAAGCCAUAGAAUGGCACAAGGUUUAGCUAGGAGCUAGGAGGAGCCAUGAGAAUGGCGAGAGGUUUUAGGUGCUAGGAAAGU